UUGCUUAGAGGGAGAAGCAAGGAUUGAAGCAGUAGAAAUAGCAUUUGCUGAGGCCAUUUUUCGACAAGAUGAAAUGCUAGGCUUUCUGGGUAAUGUUAUGUGGGAAGAAGCCUGUGGAUAAGGAAAGAGGACGGAGUAACGAUACACUAUAACUAGGGCUUAUAGAGUGAGUCGUUUCCAGAAGAUUCUUUUAAUUCCAGAACCGUUUAGAUACAAUUUGCCCUCUGUCGUUUUCCUCGGAUUACACCAACUCAUCCUAGUUUCAAUUCAAUUCUUUCCAAAAAAAAAAAAAAACUGAACGUUGAAAUGGGCUUUGAGCUUGUCUUAAAAAAAAACAAAAGGCCCAGUCCUUAGAUAGAAACACAAAAAAAGCCCAACCCCAAAUCAUCACCUCCGGUCGUCUUCUCCAACCUUGCCCGCCGCAAGCCGCUGCAACUGCCGACGAACGAAAAAAGAACCAUAACUCCAUUGCUUUCUUCUUCUUCUCCUCUUAUCUGUUGAUCACUUUUCCUCUUUUUUUUUUUUUCCUUUCAAUUAGUCAACGGAUCUGAAAUUCCGUCAAGGUUAAAUUUAAUCAAAUCAGUCUUGUACUGUUUCAGUUUCUUCCUUGAGGAUGAGAAAAAGGCUUUGCCACCGAGUGCAAGUAAUUGAGUUCCUGCUCAAGUAUUUUUUUCACAAAUCACUAGGUGUAUAGUAGAGGCCCAACAUCAUGGCUGAAAAUGGAAAGCAAAGAAUCUUAAUGGUGUCAGAUUUCUUUUAUCCCAAUUUUGGCGGAGUAGAGAAUCACAUUUACUAUCUAUCUCAAUGCUUAAUUAAGCUUGGCCACAAGGUAGUUGUUAUGACUCAUGCAUACAGUGAUCGUACAGGAGUGAGGUAUAUGACUGGUAGCUUGAAAGUUUACUAUGUGCCAUGGAAACCAUUUCUGAUGCAGAACACACUCCCAACCUUUUAUGGGACACUUCCAAUCAUAAGGACAAUUUUAAUUCGAGAAAAGAUAUCUGUAGUCCAUGGACAUCAAGCCUUCUCAACUCUCUGUCAUGAAGCUUUGAUGCAUGCACGCACGAUGGGUUUCAAAGUUGUGUUCACUGAUCAUUCUCUUUACGGAUUUGCUGAUGUGGGAAGCAUCCAUAUGAACAAAGUUUUGCAAUUUACUCUAGCAGAUGUAAGCCAGGCUAUAUGCGUUUCUCAUACAAGUAAGGAGAACACAGUUUUGAGGUCGGGGUUGCCACCUGCAAAGGUCUUUGUUAUUCCAAAUGCUGUGGACACAACAAUGUUCAAGCCUGCUCCAGAAAGACUCAGUAAUGAUGAAAUUGUUAUUGUCGUGGUGAGUAGGUUGGUUUAUCGGAAAGGGGCGGAUCUUCUUGUUGAAGUUAUUCCUGAAGUAUGCCGUUUGCACCCAAAUGUACGAUUUGUCAUUGGUGGAGAUGGGCCUAAAAGAGUGCGUCUAGAGGAAAUGAGGGAGAAACACUCUCUUCAAGACCGGGUGGAUAUGCUGGGUGCUGUUCCACAUGCAAAAGUGAGAUCAGUGCUGAUUAGCGGCCAUAUAUUCUUAAACAGUUCCUUAACCGAAGCUUUUUGCAUAGCCAUUCUUGAAGCUGCCAGUUGUGGAUUAUUGACAGUCAGUACACGUGUUGGAGGCGUCCCAGAGGUUCUUCCAGAUGAUAUGGUUGUUCUUGCUGAGCCAGAUCCCGGUGACAUGGUGCAAGCUAUCACAAAGGCAAUAAAUAUGCUUCCUCAUAUUGAUCCACAAACUAUGCAUCUACGUAUGAAGAGACUGUACAGCUGGCAUGAUGUUGCCAGGAGAACGGAGAUUGUAUAUGAACAUGCACUAAGAUGCCCUAGUCAACCCUUGUUAGACCGGUUAUCGCGGUACCUCACUUGCGGUGCUUGGGCUGGCAAGCUUUUUUUCGUGGUUAUGCUCAUCGAUUUCAUACUCUGGCGUGUCUUGCAAGUGUGGCAGCCUGAUGGAGACAUCGAAGUGGUGCCAGAGAUAGACCCUGCGAGCUUCCAUCGAGUAGAGAUGUCUCUAAAUGGCGAGGCGAAAGAGAAAACCUGA